GCUUCAUUCUCUACUCAAAAACACUUUGCUUCUAGAAACAGGCAAUAAUGGGUGCUAACGUUUCUUCUCCAGACCAGAAGUUCCAUCAGGUAACUCACUUGCGUUCCAUGAAGCCAUCAUGGACACCUCAACCUGAGAGUACUUAUCCUUUCAAAGCCAACAGUCCAGCUGGUAUUGUGGAGAUAAAAAACAAGAAUCAGUGGAAAUCUCGGCUCAACGCUCUCAAAGAUACCAACAAGCUGCUGGUGAUCGAGUUCACAGCCAAAUGGUGCGGACCGUGUAAAUCCCUUGAACCAAAGCUUGAAGAGUUGGCAGCUAAGUACACUGAUGUUGAGUUCGUGAAGAUUGAUGUCGAUGUGUUAAUGAGCGUGUGGAUGGAGUACAACCUUAACGCUUUGCCUGCGAUUGUAUUCAUGAAGAGAGGCAGAGAACUAGACAGGGUUGUGGGUGUGAAGGUUGAUGAGAUAGAGAGGAAGCUCCACAAGUACACUCAAUCCUUCUGAUGAAACUAUGAAGCUUUCUAAUUACGUACACGCCAAACAAAACUCCUCAUCACCUUGUGCCAAGAAUAAAUAGUAUACUACUAUAUAUAAAUAACUAGGUAACAACCCGCACUAUAUGCAGGAUAAAUCUAUACAAAUAAUAUGAGUGUUAUAAAUAAAGUUAUUAUCGAAAAUCUAAAAUUUGUUAGUGUAAUAACCAAAUAUAUAACCCGUGAGAUUAUGUUUAGAUCAAA